AUGACCGCAUAUAUGGCUGGCACCGGUCAUGCAGCUUCACAUUGGGCCGGUAAACAAGGAGAUGCACCACCUAAGAGCGUGACGGAGGUGAUGGCCAAAUACCGGAGUUGGUGCGCAGAAGGCAACCCCCUCUUUACCAAGGCCGAGACUCGGAGGGUCCGUGAUCUCUUGAACCAACGCCCGGGAAGAGGUCAAAUGAUCCCCAUUCAAGGGAUAGACGGAGUUACCGUGAAUUUCGAAAUCAGGACCGGAGAUAUUUGGCCGGGAGACAAUGACGCCGAGGAGUUACUGUUCCAGAAUCCACAUAUAGCGUUUAUAAUGCCUUCGAAAUUUGAAGAGAUUCUUACAGGUGACGAUCCUGACUUUCAUGAAGCAUAUUGCACCAUUCAAAUCGAACAUGACCUGGUGAGGAGGAGUAGACACACCAAACAAAGAUUGGAUGAGUACGAUCUCCCGGAGCAGGAUGAUAUGAUCGAAUACUUCUUUGACAUAAUGGCGGACUGGCAGAACAGCGUUACCCAGGAAUGCUUGAAAGGCAUCUUGUCCCAAUGCAGGAUUCCUCAACAGAUCUCGAAGCUUCUUGGUUUCGCUUGUGGGUCAAUUUGCGAUGAUACCGGCUACGACGAGCGGCAGGCCUAUCAGAAUGCCUUUCUGCUAGCGCUGAAGGCAGAACUGGAUCUGCUCGAAGACCAGCAAGGCCCGAGUACAUGCUAUGCCCAAGACCCUGAUUAUACCGACCGAGACAAGGCCACACUACAGACAUUGGGCAUCAGGGUCCUUGAUAGUCCGAGUGCUCUGCUUGAGAUCGACGAGUCAUCCCUUGUGUACGCGUGCUGCGCAGGUUUCCCAAUCAAGCAGAUAACUAGGGAUUUUGGCCGCCCAGCUAUGUUGGUAUGGGACAGAGUUAGACGGACUGAGGAGAAGAGACCGAAGUAA